AUGGUCAAGUGGACUUUAAUACUACCUCCGAGUGUGGUGGUAGACGCUGCAAGGCAAGGGGACCCAGAACUGACAUGUCCCAUACCUAGAGUUGGCGGGACCCAUCAUCAAUCACUAUGCACACAAUUUGACCACGUUCUUCCACAAUACUACAACGUGAUAUCUUAUCCAGGGAGGAUGAGUGACGACUCUUCAAUACAGCACAUAUCAACGCAACAACAACUGCAGCAUUUUGACCCGGAUAACGGCCGUCCAUACCUAUCGAACAUGGCCCUGGUGGACAGUGUGCCAACACCGUCUAUCGAUAAUUUGAUCAGUGCGGUCAUGGCGUUGUUCUUCCUGAUCGCGACUGCAACACAUAUGGCAGUCCUCCAGUACUGGUCUUACGCAUGGCCUGGGCCAGCCACACGACAAAUGUGCGGUUGGCCAUUGCAAGCGAUAUCCUCAAAGAGUCCAGAACUAUGCUGGUAUUCACCAUUAAUUUGUUAUUCGUUGGGGAAUUAUCCCAACUUUCGCUGGAAUAAGCCGGUGGGGAUUUUCUCUAAGUUCCAGUUCACCAGUGUGGUUGUCUCGCUCUUGAUGACCAUUGCGGCCACGGUGCAACCUCUUUUCACGCUCGACGCGGACACACGGGAGCAUGACCGCAAAGUUCAAUUGUUUGGUGCCGUCAGAUUCCGCAAGCGCUCCGUUGUGCCCAAUGGCGCUAAGGGUCCUGGGUCCUAUAUGAACAUUGGAAAUUCUUCCGAAUCCUCUCGGCUCCGAAUGGUCUUGGAAGCAGCUGGGAUGGCAUUAUCUAUGAGAAGUAAGUAUCCAGACGGGUCUCCGCCAAGUCCGCCACCACCGCUACCGCUCCGGCCGACAGUGGAGAUUGAGGGGCUGGAAAGAAGCGCUGGCACUGCCGCGGAUGGCAACAAGACGUCUGGCGAUUAUUGA